AAGAAGAGAGAGAGUAAAACUAUACAAAGAAAAAAAGCAGAAGCUGAAAAGCCCAAAAUCCAGUGAAACAGGAUGAAGGUUUCACUGAAACUCCAAGACCACCACCACCACCAAACCCACCACAAGAACCACCACCACCACCACCUGCCGCCGCUCCUCGUUCGCGCCAAAUUACCCUUAACUAUCUUCGAUCUUCCAUUUCUCUCCCACUUCUCCACCACCACCACCCACCCCUCCGAUCUCGCCCUUUCUCUCUCCACCAAUUUCCUCACCGGCCCCUCCCUCAAACUCUCCUACGCCACCGCCGCCGCCGCCGCCGCCGCCGCAACCCCACCCCUUAGCCUCACCCUCAAAUCAGGCACUGGCCUCUUCGGCUCACCCAACAGCUCUCCUCUGGUCAUCUCCGCUCACUUCUCUUUCAACCCUUCUAACCCCAACAACCCUAACCCUACUUUCUCUCUCUUCUUCAAACCCCAACUCGGAUCUUUCUCUCUCCGAAAAUCCACCUUCUCCCACACCGAAUCGAGCGCCGCCGCCGCACCCACAGCUGUAGACGCCGGCUGCGAUUCCAACAACUCCUUCGGAUUCGUUCCAUUGGAGCGGCCCCCGAAGGAUCUAUCAGUUGAAAAAAUUGAAAAAGAUUCAAUUUUUAAGGGUAUUCAACUCACUGCAAGGACAGAGAUACCUCUGGCGAAGAGAAUUGCAUUCAAUUUUAGAUGGCGUGCCGAUUUCGCGGAGGAUCAUAUGCCGGUUUUGAGAAUCAAUAAGAUUGGUAUUCAUAGGGUUUACGAUGUAGCGAAGGAUGACGAUGAGAAGAAGAAAACAAGCGAUAGCGAAGUAGAGGCGUUGAAAGGCAUGUGUUUUUGGAUGAAAAGAGAAUUGGAUGCUGUGACUAGGGUUAAUAGGGAGAUGAAGUGUGAGUUGGAAGAAAUGAGAGCGGGCAAUUUCGUCCGAAACGGUGGUUUUAGGGAGGGGAAUGGGAACAAGGCGAUGGGUUCGGUCGAGAGUAAUUCGGGUGGGUUUGAUAAGUGGAGAAGCAAGAGAAAUGGCGGUGGUAAAGAAAGUGGCGAAAACGGGAAUGGGAAACGGGAAGAGAAAAAGAAUGCGUGUCUUGCCGUUGAUGUCGAGAAUGAGUUGCAGAGAGCUAUAAUGGCGGCUGCUUCUUCUUCUUGAUGAGCUGAGCUUUUUUACCGGGAGGAGCGGGAGUCGAUUGUAGAUUUUUUAAGUUGCUGUUAAUGUGCCUAUCCGUUUUUUGCUGAUGCACUCGUUUUGCAAAGGAUACUACUACAGCUUCAUUGCUAUUUAAGUUUGCAUUUAUAUUAACGUACUAAGUCAUGAUUUGUACGAAGCGAUGACAGUACACGAUGCUUCCUUGAGAUGCAAUAACUCCUUACCAGCAUUUUCUGGUGUUGUUUGUUUACUUCGAAAAUGUAAUCAUUGCCUCACAGAAAUAUGGAUUUCAUUAUACAGUUGAAAAAUUAUAACCCCCGGGAAGAGGAGUCGAGAUUUCAUCGUCUCGAACUGAAAGUGGUUGUGAUAUUAUUUGUAUUCCUUUUCUCUUGUGGUUGUUGUUGAAUAAUGUUGUGCUGCUAAGAAUUUUGUGUAUUCUACUAAGUUUCGAUACGGACGAA